AUGUUUUUGAACAAGCUAUAUGAACUUGUGAAAUGUGAUCCAAAGAAUGUAGAGUUAAAGGUGCAGAUGAAAUAUCCUACUUCUGGUUCAUAUACACUUCUUCCCCUUGAUGACGACAUUUCUUUAAGAGCCAUGUGGGUUGGUAUAUCAAAGUUGUCGGGUUCCACUAUGGAGUUGUACAUUGACCAAGUUGUCAAGCAGGUAGUAAUGAAGACUAACUUGGGGUUAUAUCCUAGCUCCAAUUCUAGUAUGCCUCUCCAAAUGACUGGAACAAAUUCAGAGCUAACUUCUCCCACACCAACUCCUCACACAGGAACCUCCUCCAGAAAUCCCUCUUUAGAUGAACUCGAUUACAUUAAUCUUGAACAAGUUGAUGGCUUUGGAACCAUAGUAGUUAAUUUGGAUGGUGAUGAAAGUGAUGAAGAAGGUGCAUGUGAGGAAAAUGACAUUGUCAUAAAAACAAAUGCUCCUUCACAAUCUUUUAAUGUCGUAGAUGAAAUGGAUCAAACACUUCGUGACUCAUGGAUAACAUGGCUAGGAAACAACACUUAUAAUGGUGAAUUCAGUGCUGGUGACAUUAUCUCCGGUGAUCAUCAAAAUCUCACUUCUGAAUUUGUGUGCAAUAUCAUCUUAGAUCUUGUACGAGUUGAUCCUUCUUUUAAAAUACGUGCUAUUGUACAAGUUAUUAAGAAUCGAACCGAAUUCUCUAUAACUUACAGGAAGGCAUGGCUAGCAAAACAAAAGGCAAUCGCCAUUAUAUUUAGUGAUUGGGAGAAAUCGUAUGAAGAGUUGCCUAGAGUUUUUUGGGCUUUUAAGCCAUCUAUUGAUGGAUUUCGACACUGUAGACCUCUAAUCACUAUUGAUGGGACUCACUUAUAUGGGAGGUACAAGGGCACCUUGCUCAUAGCAAUGGAAACUGAUGCAAACCUUCAACUUUUCCCUCUUGCCUUUGCGAUUGUAGAAAAUGAGUCUAUCGAAACUUAG